CGCAACAAUAAGAGAAUGGAGAGUAGCGAGAUAAAUCCGAAUAUUCAAGACAAGUCAGCCAGCAACGAUAGGAAUGGCGAUCUUCAAGACGACUCUAUACUUCGCAGGAUAAUCACAGUUCGGUCGGAAACUAGCGUGGUGGCUGAGAUCUCAGACCGAAUUGAAGCGUCACUCUCUACUUCAAAUGAUACACUUGUCGACACGAGGAAAGACACUUUGAUAUCGGACAAAGCUAAACUAGCUAAUCAGGUUCGAUUGGGAGAAAUUACCCCUUUUCAAGCUGCGUCUGUCAGGGCUACACAAAAACCAAAAAAUGGAGGUACAUUCAACAAAACAACCCAGCUUUUGGAUUUGGAACAGUAUAUAUUUCAACAAGCUGAGCUUGCCAGGCGCAAGGCAGCGGAGCCAUGCUCAAAAAAGCGAAGUUUAACUAGCAAAGAGAAAGAUAAAAAUUUGUGCAAGAAGCAAAAACUUUCUAACAAUCCUAAGACCAAGUAUGUUCAAAAAAGAACAAAACUCAAAGAACCUGAAAUUAUGAAAAGAGGAGAUUUAGAGAGCCAGAUAACUAUUCAACAGUCCAAUCUGGCCAGUGCUGUAGCAGAAGCCACGAAUAGCAUAUUGCCACGAAAUACGAGAAGAUUUAUGGUCAAUGUGGAGUGCAACAACGAGCCUUUGGCAAACAAAGCUGGUCCAUCCACUGAAAUUGACAAUAUAGAAUCUGCAAACUUUUCUGAUACUUGUAAAGAGGGUUCCGAGUCUGGAAGCGAAUACUUACCGAGUGAUGAGCAGCCAGACUCUGGUGACGAUUCUAAAAGACGUUCAGCCAAAAAGAAUGUUCGCAGUGUAAAAACAAAAACUGGUUAUAACAAAUUAUUUUUGGAUGACGGCGAUGAAUGGACUUACCGUCAAAGAGUCGAGAGCAGUGGAUUCCCGAAAGAAAAAGAGUAUCAUAAAGUCGAUAACUUGUUUAAAGUUCCCAUGUCUAUUUGGAAAAGAUUAUACAAGUAUCAAAAGGUUUCUGUACAAUGGUUAUGGGAAUUACAUGGGCGAAACUUGGGUGGCUUGCUAGGUGAUGAGAUGGGCUUAGGAAAAACAGUACAGCUUAUCGCUUUUCUAGCUGGCCUGGAUUGUAGCGAGUUAUUGUUAGAUGGUGGAAGAUUUCGAGGACUGGGACCCUCACUCAUAGUUUGUCCAGCUACGCUCUUGGAACAGUGGGUUAAACACUUCCACGAGUGGUGGCCAACGUUGAGAGUUGCGACCUUACAUCACAUGGGAACUCACAAAGGUGAUCCCGAGCAUUUGGUGCGCAGCCUGAAAUGUGGAGGUAUACUGGUAACGUCCUAUACCGGUGUUCUGAACCACAAAGAGUUGUUACUCAACAUGGAAUGGCAUUAUGUAAUCCUUGACGAAGGUCACAAAAUACGAAAUCCAGAGGCUAAGGUGACAAAACUUGUUAAAGAGUUUUCCACUCCUCAUCGUUUGAUCCUAACUGGGAGUCCGAUGCAAAACUCAUUGAGGGAAUUAUGGUCACUUUUCGAUUUCAUAUUGCCAGGUAAACUGGGUACAUUACCUGCCUUCAUGGAGCAUUUUGCAGCUCCAAUUACCCGAGGUGGUUACACAAAUGCUUCUUCCCUUCAGGAAGCUACGGCACUAAACGUGGCUACAAUGCUGAAUGAUGCUAUCACUCCAUAUAUGCUAAGAAGAACAAAAAGUGACGUUCAGCAUCAUGUCAGCUUGCCUGAAAAAAACGAACAGGUCUUAUUCUGUAGUUUGACGGACGAGCAACGAGCGUUAUACAAUGGUUACUUAAGAUCGGAAGACGUUUCAUACAUCUUGCACGAGCGUAGCAAUUCCGCAGAUAGCGGUAGAUACAGGGCGCGACUACUUAUUGCCUUGACAGCACUCAGAAAAAUAUGCAAUCAUCCUGAUCUCUAUCUGUACGAUAAUCAAAUGGAUUUAAAUGAAUACCAUUCAAAUGAAGAUGAAGAAGUGAUCGACGCCGAUGUAGAAAAUUUUGGGUACUGGAAGCGUGCUGGAAAAAUGGCUGUUGUGCGAUCUUUACUUAAGAUAUGGAAGAAACAAGGGCACCGAGUAUUACUUUUUACACAGAGUAGGCAGAUGCUUGCUGUCAUAGAAACUCUAGUUCAGCGUGAGAAUUAUUCGUAUUUACGAAUGGAUGGUACCACGCCAAUGUCUCAGAGGCAACAAGACGUCUGCAAAUUCAAUAAAGACCCUUCCUACUUCGUAUUUAUUCUAACCACACGAGUCGGAGGUUUGGGAAUAAAUUUAACAGGAGCAAAUCGCGUUGUUAUUUACGAUCCUGAUUGGAAUCCCGCAACUGAUGCACAGGCCAGGGAACGUGCCUGGAGAAUAGGUCAGGUGAAGAAUGUUACCAUUUACAGACUAAUUACCGCUGGCACCAUAGAGGAAAAGAUUUAUCACCGCCAGAUAUUCAAGCAACUGCUUUCCAACAAAGUGUUGGAAGAUCCCCGCCAGCGCAGAUUGUUCCGGACGUCAGAUCUCACAGAGUUAUUCUCCUUGAAUGAACCAAUCGGGAAUGAUCAAACUGAAUCGGAAAAAUUAUUUCACCAUUCCAAAUUAUCACUAGGCGGUCCAAGCUUCUCUUCAGAUAAAGUGGAAGCAAUGCGAAAGUUGGCUGCUAAGCUGAGUAAGAGUAUUUGUGAAAAGACCAAGAGUACGGGCAGUGGAGUAAAUAAUAAAACAACUGAAACCUGUUCUAGUAGUAUCAAUACAGAAACAAGUACUAACAGAGGAAACGUGAAAACGAAAAGCAGUGUAAAAAAUUCCAACUGCUACAACAUUAGUAGUACCGAUGCCAAAAGUAUAAAACCCAUGGAAGACAAUCACGAUUUAUCUUCGGUGAACGAUACAAAUGGAGAAAAAGAACUGGGCCAUGCUAUUGAUGCAAUAAAAUUAGAACCAAUUGAUUCUGAUGAAAUCCAUCAACCAAUAAUACUGGAUGACAAAAUUAAUAUCGAAAUUGAAAACAGCAUUGACUUAUUAGAUAAAACAGUGCCUGAUAUAAAUGAAAAUGGCUCACGCAUACAAUCAUCAACCGCAGAACUUUCUGUGAACAAUAUCGAAAAUGACUGUAACAUUCAAUCACCUUCAGAACUCAGCGUCAGUACUAAAUCUGAAGUGAAGUUGCAGGUCUGUGGAGAAUCUGAAAUCGUCAGUCGCAAGAAAAAUGAGGUUGAGCUUAUUGGUGAUAAUAACAAAGGGAAUAAACCUGCACAUGAAUCAAGGCGAAAGAAAAAACGUUCGCAGAAUAGAAAGAAUCGCAGAAUCUCAUCGCUAUUUGAGGGAGAACGCGUCUCUUGUCUUAUUGGAAGACGCUUUGGACAUUCAAAAAUUGAAGAGUCUACACCUUCAGAUGAUAAUUACGUCUUACAAAAAUUAUUUGCAAAAUCGAAGGUAAGCACUGCGUUUCAACAUGACAGCAUUUUAUCAGGAGUACGCAAUGACAAUGCAAAUGUCAUGCAACGCCAGGCCCACAAAGCUGCUCAGGAAAGCAUGGAGUUAUUGCGACAGUCACGAAAAUGGUGUUGGAGGCCGACAUGGGACAAAGCCCCCUGCCGUGAUGACUGAAAAACGCACUCGAAUGUAACUUUGCAUCAGUGGUGUACACAUGUACGCAAUGUAAAAUUUCCGUUCUCACCAUCUGACACAGCAGGCUACUAUGAUGAAACCUUUAAAGGCACUUGGCAGGUCCAAGUUGGAGAUCGAUUGAAUUUUCGUUUAAAUAUUCUUGUACGUUUUGAUUUUUCCUUGGAAUACUUACUUCUUACAUCAAUGGAUGGUGGAAAUAAUUUCACUUCAUAUGGUAUAUGCAUUGUACUGAAUAUCAAACAAGUUUACCGAAAAAUAUUUCUACAUUGGUUAGAAAUCUCUUUUGUAAGUAAACAAUAUCAAACUAAUAAGUUACUGAACAUGAAAUACUCUGUAAAUGUGUACAAUAGAAAAUUAUACAUGUGGAUUUACUUUACAGCAUCUGAGUGCGUAUUCAUAUAAGAGUAAGAGCAACUUGGAUAAU